GAGGACCACUGAUAGAUUCCACAAAUACGCCACACAGAUUCAUUAAACAUCUACAAAUAGGAAAAGUUUGGAGAUUUUCCUUAAAAUAUUGUCAAAAUAUAAUAAAAUUAACUAACCAUUGCCAGUACAGUGAACUGAAAAAUUAGCGUAUGCUGUUUUGCAACUAAGGUGUCAAAGAAAGUUCGCAAAACAAGUUUUGUUAAUGUGGUUCCUGAAAGCUGCAGAAUCACAAGAGGAAAAUGUUGAAUCCCGUUUCAACUGAAGCACUACUCUACUCGGCAACGUAUGUCGAUAAUUACAUAGACUCCGUGGAGAAUCUUCCAGACGAUGUGCAGCGGCAUUUGUCACGCAUACGUGAUAUAGAUGUUCAGUACAGGAGUCUGCUUCGUGAUGUUGAUCACUACUAUGAUUUGUGGCGUUCACUGCAAAAUAAUAACGCCAGCGAUGCGAAUUGUACAAGACGUGCUCGUGCUAUAGCGCGUAUGCAGCAAAGUCUCAUUCAAGCACAGGAACUUGGUGAUGAAAAAAUGCAAAUAGUGAACUUAUUGCAAGAGCUAAUCGACCAUAAAACACGGCAACUUGAUACAGAUCAGAAAAACCUCGACAUUAAAGAAGAAAUUCAACAACAACAAAGUCGAAUAGACCAACUACAGCAGGCCGAUGAUAUCGGCGGAGCUACACCAGCAAAACAAGCGCGGACAGCUAGUCCAACUCGUGAAAACAACACUUAUUGUGCAAAUGGCGGUUCAUCUGGUGGCGGUGGAGGCUCAACUCCAAAUUCGGAACGAUCUAGCCAUGCAAGUAAUGGCACGAUAGGCAGCGGUACUGCCAAUGGCACGAACACCGUAGGUAUUCCUGCUUUAACAGGUGUGGAAAAUCAACGUUCAGCCAGCAAACGCUCACGAAGACGGAAUGAGAGUGCAGCAGCCAAUAAUAGCAAUAUGGAGUUUGGUGGAAAUGAAUCAAACUCCGCUAAUGAAGGAGGCGGCGGUAGUAACAGUGGAGGUGCGGGUAAUGAACGUUCAUCCGUACAAAAGGCAGUAGGUGGUGGUGCGGCACAGAAAAAGCACAAUACUCAGCAUCAAAACAGUGGUGGCAGUGGCGGCGCAGGCGGCGGAAAUACAUCUGGUGCUGGUGCUGGUAGUAGUGGUAACAAUUCUGGCAAGAAAAAGAAAAGAAAGACACGCGGCGGUCAAUCAUCAGCACAGGCGAGUGUACGCGAAGAAACACCACCUCCGGAUCCCAUCGAUCCGGAUGAACCCACAUACUGCGUGUGCAAUCAGAUAUCUUUUGGCGAAAUGAUACUCUGCGAUAACGACCUGUGUCCAAUCGAGUGGUUCCACUUUUCGUGCGUUUCACUGGUUCUGAAACCGAAAGGAAAGUGGUUCUGCCCGAAUUGCCGAGGUGAUCGUCCAAAUGUGAUGAAACCAAAAGCUCAAUUCCUCAAAGAGCUGGAACGGUAUAACAAAGAAAAAGAGGAAAAAACCUAAACAUGCCACAUGUGUCACCCCAACAGUAAAUUAGAAGAAUAGUGAAACGUUAGGCCUGAGAGAACCGUAAACACCAAAAGCGCUUGAUGGCAAUAUACAAACAAUUGCAUAAUAACAACGAAAAAAGCUUUUGUAUUAGUUACAAUAUUCAUUUUGUCUCGUGCAGGCAUUGAUAUCAAUUGUAUUCAAUGUAUAUAUGCAAUUAAUAUUGCUUUCUUUUGUUAAUUUGAAUAUUUUAAUAUGUUGGUUUUUUUUUUUUAAUUUCCUAUUAUGCUACAAUUGUUUACCUUAUUUGAAAUUCGAAAAAGAGUUUGGUCGCCUGCACAUGAUUCGUUGCUUUCUCAUGUCAUACCAACAACACGCAAAAUGUGAUUACGGCUCUCAUAUUGCUUGAUAUUUAUUGUUUAGUUUCCUCUUGUUUUUGUUUAUAAUGUACAUUGUAUUAGAAUAAUUUAAAGACCUAGUACGUAAAAGCAGUAAAUACAUAUUUUAUACAUAGAAAAUGUAAAAUUACACAAAAGAAAAUAUUGAGGAAUAUCUUGUAAACUUGUAACAUGGAAAACUUUCAAUUUUACUUUGGUAAAUGGAUUUUAUUAUUUUAAUUUAAACAAUAUACUAAUAGAAUAUACAUAUACCCAUGUAUGUCUAAGCAAUGCGUCAGAUACUGGCAUAAAAACUCUUU